CCUCACUAUUUUCCUCUUCUGUUUGGAAGGAAGGGAAAAUUGAAAAGAGAAAACAAAUAUACAUAUUUUUAAUAGGAUUAUUAUUGCAGAUUUGCAGGGGAUAUAGGCUUUUAAAAGAUUGCAAUUUUCUUAUUUUAUAUUGAUAUUAUUUUUGAAAGUUGGAUACAUUAGAUAACGAUCUUUGCUUAAGCCCUUGGAAAUAGGUCGACAGAUUCGGUCUCUCAAAUUCUCCUCCAUCUCGGAGUUGUAGUCUUCCUUUGCAAUCCCUAAACAAGAAUCAGGGUAUAGGAUUUGAUUGUCAAGCUGCUAUUCAGCAUUAGAGGAUUAAGGGAGAAUAUUUACACUGGAUUUCCUCUCCGUUUUACUUUUAUGCUCGGAUCAUAGAACUGGUCCUCGCACAGAAUGAGGCCCUUGGAAUGAGGUGGACAGGAUCAGAUGCCCAAAUUCUCCUCCAUCUAGGAGUUGUCAGCCAUUGAAAUCAAUCUCUAAACAAGAAUUAGGGUUUAGGAUCACUAGAGGACCAAGGGAGAAUAUUUGAGCUGAUUUUUAUUUCCGUUUUACUCUUAUUCUUGAAUCAUAGAGCUGGUCCUUGCACACAAUGAGGAAAGGGGAAGGUAGUGGAAGAAAGGGGACAAAAAAUAAGCGCUGGAGGCACAUAGAAAGUCGAUUUUUUAUUCGAUUUAUGGCAACUCAGGUAGAGAAAGGUUUGAAGGGCAAUAAGAGCUUCAAACGACAGUCAAUAUUUGCUGCCGCAAGAGCUUUGAAGGAAGAGUUUGGAGAAGAAGUGAGUGAGGCAAACAUUCAUAAUCAUCUUAGAACUAUCCGAAGAAGAUGGGCUAGAAUCAAACACCUAAAAGAGUUGAGUGGAGUUGAGUGGGACACAAAAACAAAGACAAUCUUGAUGGGAAACGAAGAGUACAAGAUAUACAUAAAGGCACAUUCGCAAGACGAGCCUUAUAUCAACAAACCCAUCGAUGAUUAUGAUUCAUUGGAGACCAUAUGUGGAAAUGAUCAGGUGGCUGGACAUUUGACAGUCCAGGUGGGUGAUCCAAUUGGUGUUGACAUUGAAGACAAUGAUGACCCCACCGAUGCAACUCCGCGCAACAAUGGGUUCGAUGAUGUGAACUCUGAAGAACCUUCAGUUUCCUCGUCUUCCUCACCUCCACAUUUCUCUGAAACAGAUCAUUCACAAUCUCAAACAUCUACACACCGCAAAGGAAGGAAAAGCGGAGGGAGAAGAGCUCGCAAUGCAUAUGCGGAUGCACUUUAUGAGGUUGCAAAAUCCAUAAGAGAGCUUGCUUCUGCUCUCAAGACCAACAAAUCAAUUAGCUUUGCAACUGAGUUAGCAAAGGAGUGCAUGAAGUUUAAGACAUACGGCUAUUCCAACUGGGAAAUUGCGAGGGCCUAUGAUUAUCUUAUGGCUAAUGAUUCAAAGGCAUUGGCCUUUUAUGGCAAGAACGAUGAAUUAAGGAAACUUUGGGUUGAGGAUUUCAUCGGCCUUCCUAAACACCGUAUUUGACUACUUCCAUCCUUUGUUUAUUCAGUUUUAUUUAUUAACUAUUAUUUUGUUGUUUGAUUUAAUACAAUACUCUCUUCUAUGCUGGUGCUGCAAAUGAGAGUUAGCCAUGUACAGGUUUUACAUUAUGAGUAUUAUAUGUUCUAGCAAAUCAUGCACAACUCAACCCAGGUGUCUCCUUGUUCCGUAAAGGACUCGAUCUACCCAAAUGGUUGCUGGGCAGCUUCAGAUUCUGAACUUAGGUUUUGAUCUUUUAUUGUUUUUCUUCUCUUUUGUUUGUUAGGUGUUUAACUCUUUUUGUCAAUAAAUAAAUAA